CUCAUCUCAAAAUUCUCAAACUCAUGGUUGAAUUUCCCCCUGUUUCCUGCGUCUCCCCUUUUCAUCUCAACUCAUGGUUCCAUUUCCCCCUCUCUCCUCCGUCUCCCCUUUUUUCAACCACAUUUUUUUUUUGUUGUUGUUGUUUCCAGGCAUUUUUUUGUGUACUGUGUGUGCGCGCUACUGUGCUCCAUUUGGCAGUUGCAGGAGGAACAAGUGUGCACACAAUCGCAAUGGCGCACCUGCCUUCACCUCCACCUUCACCUUCACCUUCACCCCUUGUUUACGACGAUUCCACCCCUCCCUCAAAGGCCACGGCUUUUUUGACGAACCAACUGCGAGAGAGAAUCCAGUAAAUUCUGAUCUCUAGGACCUUUGCUCCCUGUGGAUGCCAUCGGGGCGCUCGCCGGGGCAACAUCCGCCACGACAGCGACGCCGCCGCGCUCCCUCGAAGAGAGCUCGUGGCUGCCCCCGCGCAAAGCUCCGGCCUUUCUUGGCCCCGUCGACACCUCCUUCCCGCCGCCGCCGCCACCGCCGCGCGUGGCUUGAUGCUCGACGUCUGUGCGCCGCACGGGCCCGUCAAGAUCCUCCCGGCUGCGUCUGUCGGCGGGGUGCGAGUCGCCUGGGUCGCCGGCAGGUGGUGGUGGCGAUCGGCGGCGCGCCAUGGCGUCGCCGCGCGGGCGUCGUCGUCCUUCGGUUCCCGGAUCGGGCUCGAUUCCCAGAAUUUUCACACAAGGGACCUGUCCCAGUUGUUGUGGAUCGGUCCGGUGCCCGGUGACAUCGCGGAGAUUGAGGCCUACUGCCGCAUAUUUCGUGCUGCCGAGCAGCUGCACACCGCGGUCAUGUCAGCACUAUGUGAUCCAGAGACAGGAGAGUGUCCUGUGCGCUAUGAUGUGGAAUCUGAGGAUCUGCCAGUCCUGGAAGACAAGGUCGCUGCCGUCCUUGGCUGCAUGCUGGCAUUGCUGAACCGGGGAAGGAAUGAGGUGCUCUCAGGGAGGUCGGGUGUUGCAAGUGCCUUCCAGGGAUCUGAGGACACCUCUGAUAGGAUCCCACCGCUCGCCUUGUUCCGAGGAGACAUGAAGCGUUGCUGUGAGAGUAUGCAGGUGGCGCUUGCCAGCUACCUUGCACCGAGUGAGCCCAGGGGAUUGGAUGUAUGGAGGAAGAUGCAGAGGUUGAAGAACGCUUGUUACGAUGCAGGUUUCCCAAGGCCUGAUGGUUAUCCAUGUCCGACAUUAUUUGCAAAUUGGUUUCCGGUGUACCUUUCAAUUGUGUCAGAUGAUUCAGGAACAGAUGAGCUAGAGGUAGCAUUUUGGAGGGGAGGGCAAGUCAGUGAGGAGGGACUGGCAUGGCUACUACAAAAGGGAUUCAAAACUAUUGUUGAUCUCCGGGAAGAAGAUGUUAAAGAUGAUUUGUACCUUUCAGCAGUUCAGGAAGCUGUCUCAUCUGGGAAGAUAGAGGUGGUGAAUAUGCCAGUUGAGAUUGGAACUGCACCAUCAGCUGAACAGGUUCAGCAAUUUGCAGCUCUUGUGUCAGAUGGCGCAAGGAAGCCCAUUUAUCUCCAUAGCAAAGAAGGUGUUUCUAGGACGUCUGCAAUGGUCUCAAGAUGGAAACAGUAUGUUACUCGUUCAGAGAGAUUGGCUGUCCAAAAUCACUCUCUAAAUGGGAAUGGUAAGGUCCUGACAAGUUACAAGACCAUGCAGCACACGGACAGCUCAAGUUCCUCUACAAAUGGAACUGAAAAUGGUACGAUAACAGAAUCUGAUAGGACCAUGAACAAUGGAGAAUCAUGUGAGAUAGACAUAGAGACAGCUCGUCAUAAUCUGGAGGUCACUAAUGCCCUUCCCAAUGAUCAAAGCACUCAACAAGGCGAAAUGCCUGGCACUGGGGCAGAACUCUUGUCAAACUUUAAACUGGAGAGUAACCCCCUUAAAGCACAAUUUCCUACUUGCGAUGUUUUCUCUAGAAAAGAGAUGACCAAGUUUUUUAGAAGCAAAAAGGUUUAUCCAAAAUCUGUUCUGAAUUCUAGGAGACGAUCAAGUAGCUUGCUGGUCUCAAGGAGAAAACAAAAUCUCAUCGUGGAGCGUAAUGGAACCAUUGACUAUGAAGCAGCAGAGUUUGCAGUUCUGGAAAGUUCAAAUGGGAAAUCAUUUGACAAUGAUUAUAUUCUAUCAGUUGCUUCAGGUAUCACUAAUGGAAAACCUUCCAACAAUGGAGCCUCCUCAUUAAUUGAGGAAAAGGAAAGGGAAGUUUCAGUCGCUACUGUUGAUACUAGAGCAUCUGCCAGCAGUUCUAAUGGAAAGGUUCAGGUUGGAUCUCAAAAAUCUGCUGCAAAGAAUGGUACCCCUUAUCUUGAGAGAAACAAAUCAGAUAAUGUUGAUGGAAAUAUGUGUGCAUCUUCAACUGGUGUCGUUAGACUCCAGUCGAGAAGAAAAGCAGAGAUGUUUCUAGUACGUACUGAUGGAUUUUCUUGUACUAGAGAAAAAGUAACAGAAUCAUCUUUGGCUUUUACGCAUCCGAGUACCCAGCAACAGAUGCUUAUGUGGAAAUCACCUCCAAAGACUGUCUUACUUUUGAAGAAAUUAGGCGAUGAGCUCAUGGAAGAAGCUAAAGAGGUUGCUUCAUUUUUGCAUCAUCAAGAAAAGAUGAAUGUUCUUGUGGAACCUGAUGUUCAUGAUACAUUUGCUAGAAUUCCAGGUUAUGGUUUUGUGCAAACCUUCUAUUCUCAAGAUACCAGUGACCUUCAUGAGCGAGUUGAUUUUGUUACAUGCUUGGGUGGUGAUGGACUCAUUUUGCAUGCAUCAAACUUAUUUAGAACUUCUGUACCACCUGUUGUCUCCUUCAAUCUCGGAUCUCUUGGGUUCUUAACUUCACAUAAUUUCGAAGGUUUCAGACAAGAUUUGAGAGAUUUAAUCCAUGGGAACAACACACUUGGAGUUUAUAUAACCCUUAGAAUGCGUCUAAGAUGUGAGAUCUUUCGCAAAGGAAAAGCAAUGCCUGGUAAAGUGUUUGAUGUGCUGAAUGAAGUUGUUGUUGAUCGAGGUUCCAAUCCAUACCUAUCAAAAAUUGAGUGUUAUGAGCAUAACCACCUUAUCACUAAGGUGCAAGCUGAUGGGGUGAUAGUUGCUACACCAACUGGCAGCACAGCAUAUUCUACUGCAGCAGGGGGAUCAAUGGUUCAUCCAAAUGUCCCAUGCAUGCUGUUUACUCCAAUCUGCCCUCACUCACUGUCAUUUAGACCUGUCAUCCUUCCGGAUUCUGCCCGGCUUGAAUUAAAGAUACCAGAUGAGGCAAGAAGCAAUGCAUGGGUUUCAUUUGAUGGCAAAAGGAGGCAGCAACUGUCAAGAGGAGACUCUGUUCGAAUAUCCAUGAGUCAGCACCCACUCCCAACUGUUAAUAAAUCUGACCAAACGGGUGAUUGGUUCCGCAGCCUGAUCAGGUGCCUCAACUGGAACGAGAGAUUGGACCAGAAGGCACUAUAGACACUAGAAUUUUUUUUUGUUGCUGUACAUAUCUAUCUAGAUUUACAUACAGAAAUAGUUUUGUUUUUCUGUCAACAUGUAUAAUGUGUAACAUCAAAGAGCUUUGCACAUAAAGAGCUCCAUAGCUUAUUGCGCUGGCAUUGCAGUGGCACCACAUGUUACGAUAACAUAGUCCAUGUCUGUAAAUCAACCACAUAUAUAUGGGGCUAUGUGUUUUUACCCCUGUUAACAGGGGUCUAAUUGUGACUUUGCCAGUUUAUUGAAUGUUUUCAUUUU